AUGGAUACUGAUAUAACACAGAAUUACCAAUACAUUGGAUCUCACAUCAAAGAUUACAUAUCACAAGACAAACUCUUUACUAUUUUCGAAGAAGAAGAUAUCAAACAAUUUCUUAAAUCAGCAAUUUUAUCUUCCGACGAUUACUGUACUAUCCUCCAACAAGGAGCAUCAGAGAUUUCCAAAAAGGAUCUCUUUAGCUAUACACAUUCUGCUAAUGUUACUGUCAAAAAUUUUCAAGAUGCUGUUAUAGUUCUGAAAUCAAUGAGUAAAAGUAUGGAUUUGAGAGUUUUAGACAGUGUUGUUGAUGCAUUAAGCGAAAAUGACCAGAAACCAUCUACUCAACCAGUUAAUAAAGAUUUCGAAGAAUCAAUCGCAAAAUUACAAUCACAAUUGGACGAAUUACGUAACCAGGCUCAAGCCCCAACUUCAGCGCAAUCAUUUACUUCUGAGCAACGCCCUACCUAUACAAGAAGUCCGAAAUCUUCCAAUGCAUCUGAAGAACGCCUUGUCUCUACAAGAAGUCCGAAAUCUUCAAAUGCAUCUGAAGAACGCCUUGUCUCUACAAGGAGUCCGAAAUCUUCAAAUGCAUCUGAAGAACGCCUUGUCUCUACAAGGAGUCCGAAAUCUUCAAAUGCAUCUGAAGAACGCCUUGUCUCUACAAGAAGUCCGAAAUCUUCAAAUGCAUCUGAAGAAAACGGAAGAACUAGAAGAUCUAGAAAGGAACUCGCUGAUCAAACAAGAGGUAAUAGAUCUGGUGUUCUUCCUCCAGCAGCCGAUGCACAAGAACAAGCAGCAGCCACAGAAGCAAUGCCAGAAACAACAGAAGAUUAUGUUGCAAGGAUGGAUCAACUAAGGUAUACAGAAGAUUUCUGGGGAGCCUACAAUUUACUUAAUGACCUCGCAACCAAAGGAAACUACAGGAUGCUACAACGAGCAAUAGAAGUUAGAUUAAGUGACAAGAAGGGCGAAUUUGGCAAGAAUCCUCUUUUAGAAGCUUGUGAAAAGUGA